AUGGGGGCGCCGGGUCCGCGCCGGCCGGAAGCCGCCCGCCGGAAGCGCCGUGUGCCCCGCGCUAAGGCGUCCGGGCGCGGCCGGAAGCGGGCGGGAGGCGGUGGCGGCGGCGGCGGCUCUGGGCGGCGGCCGACCUGGGAGAUCUCGGACUCGGACGCCGAGGGCCCUGCGGGGCCGCGGGAGGAGCGCAGGGCGGCGGCGCGGCCGGAGCAGGCCCUGCGGCGCGUGGCGGUGCGCGUGGACCCAGCGCUCCUGGGAGACGCCGGCGUCCUGCUAGAGGCCCUGCGCGCCCUGGGCUGCGAGCGCCACGUCGACGACCAGCGGCCCGCGCGCAGCCUCAGGUGGAGCAGAGCGCAGCCCGACCCGCGUCCGCGCGCGGUGCCUUCUGAGGUGCAGGCUGCAGAUCGGGAGGAGGUGCUGCUGCUCCUGGAGCCCGAGGAGUUUCUGCGGGGUAUCGAGUUUCUGCAGGGCAUCGAGCCGCUGACCCAGACUUGCGACCCGGCGUACUCCGUGCCCUGGGCCUCUCCUGAGAGCUCUGCCGGCCUCCACCUGGCUGUCAUCGGGCUAGACACUUACCUGCGGUCUCACCAGCCCAGCAGCCGGGAGGUGCGGCAGCCAGAGGGUCCAGCAGUGGCCUGUGCCCCAGUGGCACCACUCAGCUGGCCCAAGAUGGAGGAGCUCUGGGCACACCUGGAUGUGCUGCUGGUGCCCUCCUGGCGGGAGCUGAGUCAGCACGUGUGUGCCUUCACCAAGGCCUUUGCUCAGCGCCCCUUCAAGUGCGUGACCCCUGCCCCGACUGGUGGCUGUGGCUGGGAGGGGGACAGGGACACCUGCAGGGGCGGUAGCUCUCUGGUCCCCCUGAGAGCGGAGAGGACCGGGGGCUUCAUUGAGCUGGAUGGGAUGCUCGAAGGACACGAGGCCUCUAGAAACUUCCCCAAGUCUCUUCCUGCCUUCAGGCAGUACUGGGAGUCCUGCGCCUUUUCCUUCUGUGUGGAUGGGCGCUGGGCAGCAGGCGAGCGAGUGGCAAGAGAUGGCACAGGCCUGCGUGGGGUCUGGUGGCGGCAGAUCAAGCAGUUUAACCGGCUCAGCCCGGCCGUGGCCGAUGCUGUUGUCGCUGCCUUCCCCUCCCCCCGCUUUCUGCAGUGGGUGGGUCCCCUGCACCCUCCAGGUGUGGAGCCAGGUGUCCAAGAUCCGCCCUGCUCAUCCCUGUGCCUGCCCUAGGCAUACAUGGCCUGCGGCACGGAGCAGGAGCGCCUGGCCCUCCUGGCGGACCUCCCCGUGAAGGUGGGCCGAGGUGUGCGGCCCCGCAGGGUGGGGCCUGACCUCUCCCGUCGCAUCUGCCUCUUCCUGACCUCCACCGACCCUAAGCUCCUACUGGACCUGGGCUCCUGACCAUGCCUGAGGGACAGGAAGGGGCCUUGUCUCACCUCCCAGCAGGACAGAACAGGGUCCGCCCCACCAGGGGAACAGCUGCAAACCACUGGGGGCAGGGAUCAGGGACCAGGGCACCACACCUGGGGAGGUGCAAGGGGAGGGCAUGGGGUGGCCACAAUGUUCUUAGAUAACUGGGACAAACCGGAGAGGAUAGGGAGAGGGUGUCCCAUGCCCCAGGUCCUGUACCACUGGCCCCAGGGCUGGUGCU